GGAAUUUUGCGGUGCUAGAUCAUCGAAUCCCUACACAUUUUACGAAAACGUUGAAGAUCAAUGCAAAGAGAAAGCCUACGACGCGUAAUUCGUAACUGCAAUUCCGAACUGGUUUCCGUGCGAGCAGUGCGCGUCGUUUCACGGGAAAGAAGUCUUUCAGUAACGGGUUAGCCGUCGAGCAGUUAGCAUCGAUCUUUCGUGAGAUUGUUGAACGCACCAUCGAUCGAUACUCCAACAACUAGGAAACAAUCGUCGAACAACACAGAAAGGGAGCAUGAAUAUCAGACUGAUCUUGAUCUGCACGAUCCUCGUUUUGUUCGUGUUUGUCGACGUGGGAGCUAGAAAAUCGAGCAGACGGAGAGUCGGAACAGGGAGGACAUCGAGUCCUCGAACCACGUACCAGCAAUCGAGUCAAGGAGGAUCGACACCGAAUAAAAUAGGAUGGAACGUGCCGGAUAAAAAACCUACUGGAACCAACACCGCAGCAAAACCGUCUGCCCCUGUGAAUGACCAUAGCGUCAAGGCCAGCGCGACGAACGUGCAAUCUGGCUCAUAUCCUCGUCAACCGAGCAGCAAUCCCUACCAAACAAACUCCAAUCCUCAAGCGAGCCAUCCGUACAAUCCUUCCGUAGGGCAAGGCUACAAUCCUUCAGUGGGACAAGGUUAUAACCCUUCAGCGGGUCAUGGAUACAACCCUUCAGCGGGUCACGGAUACAAUCCUUCCGUGGGUCAAGGUUACAAUCCUCCGAUAGGCGGGCAUCCACCCUACUCAGGGCAACCGUCGUACAACAAUCCAUCCUAUGGCGGACAUAAUCCUGGCUAUGGCCAGCCAUCUUAUGGCCAGCCGUCUUAUGGCCAGCCGUCUUAUGGUCAGCCAUCGUUUGGUCAGUCUUUCAGUCCAUCCAUGGGGCAGGUACCUCAGCAGACGGUUCUGCUGCAACAGGCACAGAAACCAGGAAUCGGACAGCUCGCAAAGGAAGCGUUCGUUUUUGCUGGUGUUAGCGCCGGUGUGAACGCGGCGGUGAACAGGUUGAUACCAGGAGGCAUUUAUGGUACCAGAGGCACCAGUAGCGGCGGCGCUGCUGCGCCCUCGCACACUGAGAUCACGUACAACAAUUAUUACAAUAAUGGAACCGCUCCUGUUGCUGAGCCAGCUGCCCCGGGAGCAGCUCCUGCAGCUCAACCAGCGGCUCCUGCGGCUCAACCAGCUGUUCCUGCCGCUCAACCAGCUGCUCAACCAGCGGCUGAAGCACCGCAAACCGCGCAAAACAACGCUGGCACCAACAGUGCAUCCACUAAUUCUCAGGACGCCGCGCAAAACAAUCCUAAUCCAUUGGGAUUCGUGACUUCCAACGAUGACAUCAAAAAGCUAACGGAGAGCCUGUUCGAGAAGGAGAAGAACAGCGCUUUUACGCACAUAACGAUAAAUUUGCAAGGACAGAAGAAAGACGAUAGCAUCACCGAUGACGCCCCUGAGCCUUUAUUGGACGUGAAAGCCGAAGCUUACGAGAUUCCAACGGUAAAAGCUGUCUUGGCUUUGCACGACAACUACGAGUUCGAUGUUAAGACGAAGGAGACAGUCACAACCGAGGAACGCAGAGAGGAAUCGGAACUUAUCGACAAGAUUCUCGAGACCGACAUUAUGAAAUCCACUAUGAAGUUCCUGGCUGACAAAGGAUACAUUCCGGACGACGAAUAUGAAUUCAAGGACAGCUUGAAACGCAUAUGGUUCUCUCAGUUCAAACGAAUCGACGGGGACGCGUCGAGUUCUGGAUUUGAAACGGUAUUUUUAGCGGAGAAGUUCGAUUCGGACAUAAUCGGCCUGCACGACUGGAUUUACUAUGCCAAACAGGAAGCUGAGAAGAAGCUCAACUAUCUUGGAUACAUCAAGGAGGUCAAACUGGGCGAUAAAGGAGCGGUUUUAAAGGUACGUUCGUCGAUGAACGACGUAGUGCAACCGGUCACCACGAUUUUUGUCGGUACAUCGCCCGAAUUGGAGUUUGCCCUGUACACGAUGUGCUUCUUCACUCGUCCUAACAACGUUUGUCCAGUUUCGCUCGGAGGAACAGAAUUUAUGAUCAUCGUGAGCAGAGUCAACUACUUUGGAAAGGACAUUUUGAUUUCCGGUUACCCUGACAUUUAACUUAAAAAGUAAUAGACGAAUACUUUAUAAUUGCGGAUAUACUGCAAAACGGAAAUUACGAUCCUUUAAAUUAAGUAUAUAUAUAAUCGUUGCUCACGUAGAAUGAUAUAGGGAAUUAGAUGUUUACUAUAUUUAGCUUGAAUACUGUAACAUUCAAUUAUUUCACUGCAUAACGAAUUUAGAGUGAGUUAUUUCGAGCCGUGUUGAAUCGAAACCGCGUAAAUAGGGAAACGAGCGUACAAUUCCAUUGGGACGAGAGUUUGUGUAAGUCGAAUAAAAAUGUAUGAUUUUCAAAAAGACAUUAAGCUUUUUUAAGCAAUUGUAAAUAAUUGUUUGUUUCGAAUUUAGCACAUUGUAUGGAAUAUGUGUCGAAGAGGAUUAUAAAUAUCAUUUAUGUAAGAGUACUAUGUAUUGUAAUAACAUACCAGGCUGGCUUUUUUCUGUAGUCCUUCCAAUUUCGAGAGCUCCAGUAUAGGUAUUAUAGACGGCCGCCCAUGAGCGCACCGAGUAGGAAUUUUCGUUUUGUUUAGUAAUUUUAAGAGCUGCUUGCAUUGUUGCAGUGUCAGCGGAUCUC